UUUGACAUUUGACAUUACAGCCCACAAUUGUAUUUCGUUUUUAUCAUUCGAACCAAAAUUAACACGUCUUAAAAUUGUUAUUUUAAUUGAAAAAAUGGUCGAAGAAACCCCUAAUGCUGAAAAUGUUGAGAAAAGUGAAGCAGAGCAGGCUCCUCCGCCACCGGAACCCGUUAAAGUGUUCACAGUAGAAAUUCUACAUAUGGUGAAAGAUGCUCAACAACAACAUGGUUUGAGACAUGGUGACUAUCAACGUUACCGUGGUUACUGCACCCGUCGCAUUCGUCGUCUCAGGAAAGCCUUGAAGUAUCCUCAGGGCGACAAGCGUCACUUCAAACGAAAAGAUGUGACUUUGGCUCAGCUGACAGGAAAACGCGCAGAUGAACGGUUCAUACAUAUUCCUUUGAUAAGCGCUGAACGUGCAUGGGCGUAUGCAAUGCAGCUGAAACAAGAAGCAAACACGGAGCCAAGAAAACGUUUUCAUUUGAUAAACAAGCUUCGUAGAGCAUGUUUCUAUGCUUUACAAUUACAAGAGUUGUGCAAUUCUGAAGCAUUUGACGCGCGCACUAAGUUGGAAUGUGAAGCGUAUGUUGCUUGGAUGCAUGGUUCACUGCACUUUGAAUUGCAAUUAUGGGGUUCUGCUCUAGAGCAUUUGAAACGAGCUCAAGUAGUUUACGAAAAUUUGGCCAAGGCUUUGCCCGAGGAUGAACAAGAACUAUAUCGAGCUAAAGUGAACGAAUUCACGCCUAAUCUUCGUUAUUGUGCUUAUAAUAUUGGUGGUGGUGGUGGAACCAAUAAGAUAGAUGAUUUGCUUGAAUUACGUGCGCAAGGAUUAUUGGAGAAUCUGGACCUCUUGGUUAGUCAAACCAAAGUGGAGAGUAGUGAAGGUUUGCAAACCAUCGAAUGGCGCAGUCGUAAGGUUACUGUACGUCCAGAAAAAGUUCGCCUCUUUUUGCUCAGUAUACAAGAAGUCGAUAAGUCGUUAGAAAAGACUACUAAAUUAGACUCGAAGAUCGAAUUGAUUGAACGUAUUUUGAUGGAUUGCAAGGACGCUAUACAAGCAGUUAAAGAAGAAAUUAAACAAGAUCCGAAAUUGCGCUCACUAACCACAGGUCAGACUGUGACUGGAGUGCAAUAUCUACUGGCAUAUUUAUCAUAUAUACGGCACAGUCGCACUUUGCAACGCAAUCUCUGUCUUGUAGAGCAGGCUCAAUCUAAUUUCGAUGAUCCAAAUCAAAAGUCACAAAUUGUUGGCGAAGGCAAGCGUGUACGCUCUCAGGAUCUCGCCCGUUUAUACGAGAUUAUUUUGCAAAAUGUAACUGAAAUGCUACAAAUUCAAGGUAUGGAAGACGACGCUGCUUACCAAGCCGAAAUGGAAAACUUGGCACUUACAUUUAAAGCAUUCCGUUGCUAUUACAUCGCACUAACACUAAUUGAUAUGAAAAAGUGGAAAGAAGCUGUUGCUCUUUACGAACGUUCAUCUAAAUACGCCAAUGAAGCACUAAGUGGUAAACUCAGUGAUGAAUUCAAGUUAACCGAUGAUUUGAAGAAACUCGUCUCGACCAUUGACGGUUGUAAAUUUUCUGCGCACGCAUACAGUGUGCUCGAAAAUGAUAUCUCCGACGAUGCGGUUUCCACAUCCAAGUCUCAAAAAUCCACAAAACCACUAUACGAGCGCUUGUCGCAGUACAAGGAAGACCAGUCUCUGCACACCAAAACGCCAAAUGUGUUCAAGAUGACACCCGAAAUGGAGGCAAUCGCAUGCAAACCACUCUUCUUCGAUUUGGCGAUUGGGCAUAUUGAACUACCACCACUGGAUGACAAAUUGCAGUCGCCAGGCAACAAAGGCGCGUCGAUUUCCGGUUUUGUGAAGGGAUUUUUGGGUUGGGGUGGCAAGAAAUGAGGCGCCUGCGGGGUAACAACAUUUUUUUUAAUGCAGCAAACA